GAAGAGGAAGGGGCGGAGCUGCUUGUGGUGGCCGCGAAGCAGUCAGCCGACUGCGGCGGGGGUAGUCAGCUGUCCCUGGCGCCGCCCGGAGCCCGAGGGCCAGCCAAGGCCUCGGCCGGCGGGGGUAGGACGGGCGAACCAGCCCUGUCUAGGAAGCCGGGCAAUGCCCUGCCACGGAGUGUCUCCCGGCCAGGGCCACCCCAGGUCUGGCCGGGAGCACAGACCGGACAGGUCCCGGGGGGGCCCCAGCCUGGGGCUCCUGUGGGUGAGCCUGGUGCUGGCGCUGGCCCUGCCCGACUCCCUGGUGCUCUGGGCCCCAGCCGGGGCCCACCCUCUUCCCACUCAAGGCCAUCUCGCCAGGUUCAGUCGCCUAGUGCCCCAGCUCCGGGACGCCUUUGCGGGGUGGAACCUCACCUGUCCGGUCUGCAAAGGUCUGUUCACCGCCAUCGACUUCGGGUUGAAGAGGGAGGCCAGUGUGGCCUGGGUGGGCUCUAUGGCCAUCAAGCUGUGCAAGAUGCUGAAGAUAGCACCGCCCACUGUGUGCCAGUCAGCUGUCCAGCUCUUUGAGGACGACAUGGUGGAAGUGUGGACACGCUCAGUGCUGAGCCCUUCUGAGGCCUGCGGUCUGCUCCUGGGCUCCACCUGUGGGCACUGGGACAUCUUCUCAUCUUGGAAUAUCUCUUUGCCGGCCGUGCCGAAGCCGUCCCCCAAGCCACCCAACCCCCCAGCCCCAGGCGCCCCGGUUAGCCGCAUCCUCUUCCUCACUGACCUGCACUGGGAUCAUGACUACCUGGAGGGCACAGACCCUGAUUGUGAGAACCCUCUGUGUUGCCGCCAGGAUUCUGGCCUGCCACCCGCCUCCCGCCCGGGUGCUGGAUACUGGGGCGAGUACAGCAAGUGUGACUUGCCUCUGCGGACCCUGGAUAGCCUGCUGAGGGGGCUGGACCCUGCUGGCCCCUUCGAUAUGGUGUACUGGACGGGAGACAUCCCCGCCCACAACGUCUGGCACCAGUCUCGUCAGGACCAACUGCGGGCCUUGACCACCAUCACAGCCCUUGUGAAGAAGUACUUGGGGCCAGUGCCUGUAUACCCUGCUGUAGGCAACCAUGAGAGCACACCUGUCAAUGGCUUCCCUCCCCCCUUCAUAGAGGGCAACUAUUCUUCCCGCUGGCUCUAUGAGGCGAUGGCCAAGGCAUGGGAACCCUGGCUGCCUGCUGAAGCCCUUCACACACUCAGAAUUGGGGGGUUCUAUGCCCUUUCCCCACGCCCUGGCCUCCGCCUCAUCUCUCUCAAUAUGAAUUUUUGUUCCCGUGAGAACUUCUGGCUCUUGAUCAACUCCACAGAUCCAGCUGGACAGCUCCAGUGGCUGGUGGGGGAGCUUCAGGCCGCUGAGGAUCGAGGAGACAAAGUGCAUAUAAUCGGACACAUCCCCCCAGGGCACUGCCUGAAGAGCUGGAGCUGGAAUUAUUACCGAAUUGUAACCAGGUAUGAGAACACCUUGGCUGGUCAGUUCUUUGGCCACACCCACGUGGAUGAAUUCGAGGUCUUCUAUGAUGAGGAAACUCUGAGCCGGCCGCUAUCUGUAGCCUUCCUGGCACCCAGUGCCACCACCUACAUCGGCCUUAAUCCUGGUUACCGCGUCUACCAAAUAGAUGGCAACUACUCUGGGAGCUCUCACGUGGUCCUGGACCAUGAGACCUACAUCCUGAACCUAACGCAGGCGAAUGAGGUGGGAGCCACGCCACGCUGGCAGCUCCUCUAUAGAGCCCGAGAAACCUAUGGACUGCCCAACGCGCUGCCUGCCGCCUGGCACGACCUGGUGUACCGCAUGCGGGGCGACACGCGGCUAUUCCAGACUUUCUGGUUUCUCUACCAUAAGGGCCACCCACCCUCGGAGCCCUGCGGCACCCCCUGCCGCCUCGCUACUCUGUGCGCCCAGCUCUCCGCCCGCUCAGACAGCCCUGCUCUGUGUCGCCACCUCAUGCCCGAUGCAGGCCUCCCUGAUGUCCACAGGUUGUGGCUACAGCCACUGUUCUGCUAGCACUCCCAGGGCCCAGAAUUGGGAAAGUGUGUGUCUUAGGAAAGGAGCAAAACCCCCAGAGGGCUGCUGUGUUGAGAACAUCUGAUGGAAGAGCCUAUCCACGGGCCCAGGCACGGCCCGGAAACAGGACCCUCUCCUUUCCUGGAGCUGGUUUAGCAAGAUGUGGGAGGGGUUGGCUGCUCUGGCUGUGCCCAGCAUCCAGACUGCCCUGGGGCUGGUGUCCUUUGAUGGCCAUGGAGCAGAGGUCUCAGCUGGCACUGCUCUGGCAAACCAGAGGGGAGUGGUCACCCUUGGCCUGUGCUGGCCAGCCAGGAAACCUGUACUGCUGCUGCUGCCUGCCUGCCAGGCUAUUAAAAUAAAGAUAAGAGACUUGGACUCCA